UCUGUGCAAAACGAGCCAAAAAACACGCAAGCAUUAGACUCGUCGAGCAUCAUACAGUAUGAUCACCUAACGUUAAAUGCAGAAUAGAACUAUUCAAAGACUGCUGUGGCACAAGGGAGCCUUCUAAAGAAAUCAUUACCCAUCAUACGCUAAAUACUUUACCAAUCAGGAAGAAGAUUCUGUGUGUAUAUAAUUACUGUAAUUACACGUUUCUGGCUCGGAAAUAAUGUAAACAAGUUCAUCCCAAGAAGCAAAGGGACCAAAGGUCUCUUGUGAGGCACCCAAACUUUGUUGAAACACUGUGGAAUGACUAUGAAGAACAUCUCGCAAUACGUGACAUUUCAAGGUUCCUUCAUAAAAUGAUCUAAAAAUGAUCAUGUUUUCCUUCAUUGACACCAUGUGUCCACCUGAAUACACGAUGACGGGCUUGGAAUGGCUGAACACGGAGGGCCCUCUUUCUCUGAACAAGGAGCUCUCUGGCAAAGUGGUGCUGCUGGACUUCUUUACUUACUGCUGCAUCAACUGCAUGCACAUCCUGCCUGACCUGCACCGUCUAGAGAAGAAGCACUCUGCCAAAGAUGGAUUAGUUAUUGUUGGGGUGCACUCUGCUAAAUUUCCAAAUGAGAAGGCCCUGGACAAUAUCCGCAGCGCCGUGCUCCGCUAUGACAUCUGCCACCCGGUGGUGAACGACAGCGAGGCGCGCCUCUGGCAUGACCUGGAGGUGUCCUGCUGGCCCACGCUGGUCCUGCUGGGCCCACGCGGCAACCUGCUCUUCUCCCUGGUGGGCGAAGGCCACCGCGAGAGGCUGGCGCUGUUUACGGCCAGCGCCCUGCGUCACUACGGGGAGCGGGGUCUCCUGAAGACACACGCAGUGGGCGUCAAGCUGUACCGAGACUCCCUGCCUCCCAGCGUCCUGUCUUUCCCCGGGAAGGUGGCCGUAGACGGCAUUGAGAAGAGACUGGCCAUAGCGGACACUGGACAUCACCGGAUUCUGGUGGUUUCGACGGCUGGACAGCUGUUGCACGCCGUAGGAGGGCCAAAAAGCGGAAGACGAGACGGCGACUUUUCCGAAGCUUCCUUCAGCUCCCCUCAAGGUGUGGCCAUCAAAGGGGAAGCUGUGUACGUGGCCGACACCGAAAACCACCUGAUCCGUAAGAUUGACCUGUUAGAGCGCCGAGUCAGCACCCUGGCUGGAGUCGGAGCUCAAGGCACAGACAAAGAGGGCGGCGCAAUGGGACCCCAGCAGCCCAUCAGCUCUCCUUGGGACGUGACCCUCGGCUCCGCAGGCGGUGGCGAAGGUAACGUGCUGUGGAUCGCCAUGGCAGGGACCCACCAGAUCUGGGCUUUGUUCCUAGCAGAUGGCAAACUGCCCAAAGGAAGCGAAUGCAAGGCCGGAACGUGCGUGCGAUGGGCAGGCAGCGGCAACGAGGAGAACCGGAACAACGCGUACCCCCACAAGGCGGGCUUUGCGCAGCCUUCGGGCCUGGCCUCGGCCCCGGAGGAGCCCUGGGGCUGCCUGUACGUGGCCGACAGCGAAAGCAGCACCGUCCGCACGCUGGCACUGAAGGAUGGAGCCGUCAAGUCGCUGGUCGGCGGAGAGUGGGACCCGCUGAACCUUUUCGCUUUCGGGGAUGUCGACGGGAAAGGGGUGGAUUCCAAGCUGCAGCAUCCUCUCGGCGUUGCCUGGGCUCCGGAACAAAGCCGGCUCUAUGUGGCCGACUCCUACAACCACAAGAUAAAGGUGGUCGAUCCAAAGGCAAAGCAGUGCAGCACAUUAGCCGGCACUGGAGAGGCUGGAGACACUCUGGGCCCCGAGUUCGACAAAUCCCGCUUCAACGAGCCCGGAGGGAUCUGCAUCGGCGACGGCGGGAAGCUUCUCUACGUGGCCGAUACCAACAACCACCAAGUCAAAGUCCUGGACCUGUUCUCCAAGACCGUUUCACUGUUCCCCAUUUCCAGGGACUGCGUAGAUGCAGUGCCUACCAACCCGUCGGCCCCGACCAAAGCCCCGACACUGCCCAGAUCCGCCGCCAGGAAGGAAAUGCCACCAGCGGCGGUGUCGGCAGGCCAGACCCUCGUCAUGUCGCUCGCGCUGUCGCUCCCGGAGGGAACCAAACUCACGGAAGGGGCUCCCAGCUGCUGGGCCCUGUCAGCUGAGGGUAACGAAUGGCUCCUGGAAGGUCGGGUGCUUACUGGGGACAUUGUGGAUCUAUCGAAGCCCUUCUCCAUCUCAACCAAAAUCCCUGCUGUUAUAAAGGACUUUAACAGCAGCCCGAGCCUCACUUUGGGUGUAUGGUUGUACUACUGUCUGGAAACGGGUAAUGCUUGCAUGAUGAAAGCGGCCUCCUUCAAGCAGCCUCUUCAAAUAGGUGCCGAUGGUGGAGAGGAAGAAACCUCUGUGACUCUGGCGCACGCCUUCUAAAACCUCUCAGCCGUCUUUGUCGAAUCGUCACGGAAUCGACGCCGUCUGUGGUGCUCGAAAGGCAUUCUAACUCUUGAGCUCAGCUAACUCAAGCUGCUUUCUUAUUCAUGGUUCAUAGGGAAGAAAAACACACCGAUUGUGUCCUACUGUCACAUAAAACAAAAAUGCCAAUGAGACGAUUCAGAUUUUUAAGUGAAUUUCAUCUAAUUCCUCAGAAACAUAAUCCGUCAGUGCUGCAGUGUCAUUUAAUGCGAGUGACAGUUAUUGAUAGGAAGGCAAAUAGUUGCAUCCUAAAGGCAUUUAAUGGAGACUACAGCAAACACAACUGAAGCCUGAAAGUCAAUGUCUAUGAUGGUAUUGGAAUGCAGAAAAUUGAACUGACUACCUGUGAGAAAACUGUACACUUUAGUAAUGGUGAUAAGUAUGCAUCUCAAAAGUACAUUCUUACUUAAAAAACGCUGGAUUGAAUGUGUGCAGAAAUUAAAUUAUGUUCUCCGGGUUCAAUAACGAAACAAAUUUAACAACUGUUGGUGAUUCGACUCGUGGGUAAUUAUGUAAGAUGUUUUAUUUUUUAUUUUUAAAAGAGCUGAUAUCUGAUUCAGACUUUCAGAACAAAGCUUUAUUCUGCUUUUGCUGACGUAACCAUAUCUUUUGACUGUUCAUAUUUAGUCAUAAAGAGAAAUGAAAUUGGCAUAUUGAGAAGUUGAUUGCAGAGACUGAAAUUUGUAUUAUCAUUAAUAUAUUUUCAAAAACUCCCCAGGAUUCAAAGCAAUCUUCACUUUGUACUUUUCGAUAAUAUAUUUCUCCGUGCAAACGUGUGACCACUUCAUUAUCAGUCUGCUGGGAUGCUGCUAAUCCAUCGUUUGUAAAUGUGUCACCACACAGACCCGCAAAGUUCAUACACGUAGCUCAAAGCUUUGCUCUGCGUCUGCUUUCCGUACGACCGAUUACACUUUGGAUUAUGAUCAUUCAUGGCACAAGGGGCUCUUGAUUUACGCCACUUAAUAUUGCUGUUAACGAAGUAAUGAAUACGGUGCCUGUGUUUUUCUAAGGAGGCCACUGCUCGGUGAACUGAUAACCGAGUGAUUAUUGUGCGCUGAGAGGGAUUUAUGAGCUUCAAGUCCAAUUUUUCAUUGUAGCAUAAAGUAAUAUGACAGUGUGUUGUAUUCCGUUAUGGUUUUCUAAGCUAGAAGCAUUUUUCCGAAUCGUGUCUGAGGGCAUUUCGUUUAUCAUCACGGUCCUCGUGUCUUGCAUAACUCGGAUUGUCGGGCCGGUUUGGUUUGAAUCACGCUGUCUAAGGGCCGAGUGCAAAAUGGACCUUACUGUACGGAUGGUGGAACUCAAACGGCAUCAGAAGCAAGAAUAAUAUAUUUCUGUAUUGGGUGAAACAUUUAAAUUUAUUUAAAAAGUAAUUUAUGUCAAAUGAACUGCAACAUUUGUAAGCUCAGCGUCGUAAUUCCUCUUGUUGUUUUUAAUUAACAGCAACGAGCUGGAGGGGUUGCUGCUGGAGUUCCUUCAUUCUCUCACUUGAUUUCAUCUUGUGUCUCAAUGCUGUAUUUUAAGAUGCAACAGAGGGAACUACUAAAACAUUUCAUCUAGUCUGCUUUGUGUGUCUGUGGAUGUUUCCAUCAAAGACCAUCAUUGCAAUUCCACACAAUUUCUUCCUGUAUUUCCAACGAAUGUGUGAGACUAUUAAAAGCUUUCCUAAUGA